AUGCAAAUGAUGAAGGAGAAGAUGAACAUGAUGAUGAACACCAUGAGGGGACAAGUUUCCAUCGAUCUGGAUGAGCUACUACAACGGACUGACUCACCCUUCAUAGUGCAGGUAACUUUUUUCCCUCUUCUAGCCAACUUUCAGAUGCCAUUGGUGGAAGCAUAUGAUGGGUCACGGGACUCGCUCGAUCAUCUGAAGUCAUUCAAGACUCUUAUGCACUUACAAGGAGUUCCAGAUGAGAUCAUGUGCAGGGCAUUCCCCACUACCCUUAAGGGACUAGUAAGGGUGUGGCUUAGCAAGAUAGCCCCUAACAUUAUCACUACCUUCAAGGAAUUGAGUGGACACUUCAUCACCCACUUCAUCGGAGGACAGAGGUACAAAAGGUCCUCGGCAAGCUUGUUGAACAUCAAGCAAUGGGACGAUGAAAGCUUGAGAUUAUAUGUGACUUGUUUCAACAAGGAAGCCCUUUUGAUCGAUGAGGCCGACGACGAAGUCUUAGUCAUCACAUUCACUAACAGGCUCCAAUCAGGAGAAUUCCUUUUCUCCAUCUACAAGAACGACCCAAUAAUGAUGGCCGACAUGUUAUACAAAGCUAUUAAGUACAUGAAUGCAGAGGAUGCCAUGAUUGCCCAAGGGGGUAGGCCGAAGAAGAGGGAAAGGCAAAAGGAUCACCGUCAAGACAGAGGAAGGAAGUCAGCCUGGACGAAUGACCGAAGUGACGAUAAGAGAUCAAAACCUCCGUUGGGGAGGACGGUCAACUUCACACCACUGAACACCCCGCUUGACCAAGUCCUCAUGCAUAUAAGGAAUGAUGCGGCGUUGACCUGA